AUGUCCGAAUGCUGCGGGCUCUCGAUCCUUGCCGUCAGUGUUGCAUGGAACAUCUCGGUGACAGAAAGGCAAGACGCCGCACCUGGUGAAUGGCAACGUUACGUUGCGAUCGCACCGGGAGAAUGGGACCACGGUGACCGCGCGUCGCGACGUGCUUUGGUCCCGAUGGGCUUCCCAUGGAUCAGGAACAUGGCCGCGCAUUCUGGAUCGUGCGGAGAGCGCAUCCGCGCGAGAGUGUGGGUACAUAGCACAGCGCGGCAUGGCGUACGACUGCCGUGGUCAUCGCCAUCUCCUGGCGUCGUUGCCAGGAUGCGCGAAUACCCGCGGAACACGGGCACUCUUGACGCGUCCCGUCAGCGUGCGACAGUGUACGUACACACGGGCAGGGCAGAUCCAGAGACGGGCCCGGACGCUGGGCCGCUGACGCCAUGCGAAAGGCCGCGGCGGAUGGAUACCGGAAUGUCGCUGACGCGUCGCCACCAACAGACCCCGCGCCCUGCGCUGCGCGUCACCGCUCGCAAUACAGCAGCAGCAGCGCACGUCAGUCUGACCGCUGUGCGCGCGUGGACCCGCCAUCGACAGCCACGACGACCGGCCUGCGGGACGCGCGCGGGCUCGACCGUGCAGCGCGCACACGGUGUGUCGGUUCUGCCGCGCGGGCACACGGCCGCGCCGUAG